UAAUGUAUAAAAUAGGCUGUGUUUUUUUUAUUGAAGCAGCUUUAUAAUGUGCUUCAUAUGAAUUUCCAAAAAUACAUAAACUAAACCAGCAUUGCGGCUCUGCGUUCAUGGUAGCUCGUAGCGUGAUUUCCUUGUUCGAAGGAUCUACCCAAAUAUGCAUGAUAUUAUUUGAUCGACUAUGUCACAUAUCUCGACUGUCUCGCAUAUCAAAGCAAGAUUUCCAAAUUAAUAUAGUGCAGUUGUAGUGGCAAGUUGCAGAUGAAGUACAUUUUAAUUUCAUGUAGCCUAGCCGAUUCAAAUAGUUGACUGAUUUCGCACUAUCUUGACAGCCUUCAUUCAAAUGCCUCACCGAGAUUGGUUCAGUAGUCUACCAUACUGCAGGUGAGCCCUUGUGUGACAGUAGGCGACAAGCGUUGUUGACGCCACAAAAAGCUAAAUGGGCUACCAGUUUAGGCCCUCGUUUGUAAACUGAAGUUGCCGAUACAAACGAAAGUGUGUCAGACGUGCCUAUGAUGAGCAACCUAAAUAAACACCAGGGCUGCCGCAUAUGUGGAGGCGAUCUCCAGGGCAACCAGAGGCGAUGGCUCUAUGGGGGUCAGAAGCAGAGACGAGGCACACCUCACACACCAACAAACCCAUCCAGCAGGAGUAGUGUGUCAGGGUCUGCCCUCAGCAGCCCAUGGGGCAGUACGUUGUCUCUGGGCUCUUGUUCUUCUCCUCAGACGUUGUCUUCCCCCUCGAAGGGAGUGGAUCUGCUCAGCAUCCUAACACAUAUACUAGGGCAGCCUGUACCAAAGGGCAGUGGGCAAAGGGAGUUCUUGUGUGGCAAAUGUGCAUCUCUUCUUGAGCGAGUCUUUAAGUUUGACACAGUGAUCAAGAGAGUCCAACUACUGUCCUCUGAAAGGCUUCAGAAGCUUACGCAGGAGAGAGAUAAGAUCCGACAGUGGGUACACAAUGCCUACUGGCAGCAACACCCUUCUGAUUCUCAGGAGAAGGAAGGUUUGAAUGAAGUAGAAGAUGAAAAAGCUGGAUACAGAUCAAUGCUGAGAAGUAACCUGGCCUUGUCAGAGUACGAGUGCUGGUCAGAAAGGUCUAACUGUUGUCCAUAUUUCCAGAGAACGGGGAGUCGAUGCCAAAAAGGGAAAAACUGCCCGGGCUGUAACUCUCUGAGAGUAUCCGACUCCGACUAUGAGUCUGUCUGUGGGAUUCCUCGUAAUCUUCCCUUUCAGGCCUUUUCUCCUCUGGCCCUCUCCCGUGAUAAGUCUCAAAGCAUGCCUCUCCAUUGGUCUAGAGGUUCAUCUGCUGCUUUCAGUCCCAUCUCCUCGGCCGGCUCGUGCCGCUCCCUGCGCUAUCAAUCUCAUGCUGACUCCUUACAGUCACUGAACUCUCUUGACGGAUCGGAUCCAUUUGAUCGGCCAGAAACUCCGACCAACCUAGAGGUGUGUCUUAGAGAGCUGACAUGUAUGCCAUGGAAGCCACUGAGCUCCCCAGCAGGUAGUCGCAUUCCUGUCUUAGGAAGAGGUAAGGGGGGUGAAAAGGGAGAGUUGGGACAGGGCAAUAGCCCAGCACUGGUUAGAGAGCUGGAUUUUGAACAACAGAAUAAGAAGGCGAUGGGAAGGGAAGCUCUGCUUGAACUUCAGGAUGAGUUUCUACCUCUGCACAAGGAGAUCGGAACAGGCCAAAUGAACACUCUUGUCAAGCAAUUGCAAGAACAGCUGGAUCAGGCUCAGACCUGCGUCAGGAACCUAGAGGCACAGCUCCCCAAUAAGCCAGAAGCAUCAAUGAAGGACACAGCUGGGUCAAAUAUUCCUACAAUGGAAUGCUUAAGUCCACAGAGCCCAUGGAUUGACUUCGGAGUUGAGAAUGCCCCGCUGCAGAAAUUGAGCCAUUCAUUGCACGACAGUGUGAAACUAAUUCAGGAAUGCGUUACCUUGACGACAUCAUUGCGUGUGGAGAUGGGACCUGGAUUUGAGAGUGCAGAUUUACUAACUACCAAGAUGAAUAAAACACUGGAAAACAUCGAGGUGGUGAUUGCUUGUCUCUCUGAACUGAGAGCAAGGGAGCAGGAUAUGGAGAGAGAAGUUGCUGUUCUUAAGCUGGCAGCGAGAGAGAGGGAGGCAGACCUGGCCACUCUAUCUGCUAUACUACAGAGCAACAAGGACGUCAUUAAUGAUGCGUAUCUGGAGAUGGGGCCCAGGAGGGAUGUGCAGCGUGAGCUCCACAUGGAGCAGGCCAUGCUGAGGCUGCGGGACCAGAUUCUUUGGGCCGCCCUGCAGCAGAGGGAGGCACUGGCACUGUGCCAAAGGGAGGCGUUGGACAGCAUACCUGAAGGAUGUACAGGAUCGGAGUGCACAAACAAAAGUCACAAAUGAAGUU